CCGUAUUUCAGACAUUCAUCCUCGACUUUCAACUUGGUGAAGAAUGGGAAGCAAAAUGGAUAAUGAAAUGGGGAUGUCAAUUUUGAGCUCGAUUCUUCACCGCAUGUCCUACCCUAACAUGGUGGUUUCCAAGGAAGAUGGCUUUUCCGAUACCAUUGACGUCAAAGACCUCCACAGUUUGUUGCUGAAAGGAUGCCAAAGAAAUCAGAGAAUCCCUCAAAGCUCAAAUCUCACUCUGGUGGAGCGUGAAUGUUCAGAAGGAAUCCUAAUCCACGUGAAAACAUUGACUGGCAAAACCAUAAACAUCAAUAUAAAAGUCACAGCAUGUGCCAAAGAUGUGAAGGAAAAAAUUCUGUGCAGGGAAGGUAUUCCCCUUGACCAACAGCGCUUGAUUUUUGCUGGCAGGAAACUGCUGGAUGAUGAAAUAUUGGAUCAUGUCGGAAUCAAGAAUGACAGCACUUUACAUCUUCUUCUCAGACUUCGUGGAGGAGGACCAGGAAUUCUACUGUCUGCCGAUGGACUAUUGGAUGAAAGAUUUCAUUUUGAUUUCACCUCGGUUGUCGACAAAAAGGCAUUCAGCCGAGGUGGACUGGUCUACAUUCGUCCAUGCGGAUGGAAACGUUUCGCUUUGAAAGUCGGCGGCAAGUACAAGGACAACACCUGGCUGCUGGGCAAAGGCAAUCGACCCGAUCCUUUCUCAUCUGCCGAAGAAGAAUGGCCCGUCUCGUACCACGGAACGUCGUACAACAACGGCCUGUCCAUCGCCGAGGAAGGAUACAGAUUGAGCCAGUGCAAGCGAUUCAAACACGGAUUCGGCAUUUAUUCGACUCCCGAAAUCGAUGUGGCGUUCAAAUACGCCGAAACGAGGAAACAAGCGGAUGGCAAAACUUACAAGGUCGUCAUCCAAAAUCGCGUCAACCCCAAAACGUUGAUCAAAAUCGACAAAGUUGAGACCAAAGUCGGUGAAUAUUGGAUCUCGCCGAGUGAAGAAGACAUUCGUCCCUACGGUUUCUGCACUCGAGAAUGUUGAAUUUCAUUUUGGUCUAAACUAAGUAAACUUUUAAGUUUUAAGUAAUUGAUUUUUGUUGGAGCACCAGCAAUCCUUUUUGUAACCUCGACUUUUUAACAAAGAACAAAACAAUGUUUCCGUUUUCA